CAACACAAAAAGGUGCGAGCCGUUGCUGCCAGUCAGAAUGUUUCAUCACCGUCGUCAUCGGAUGCCUAUGACGACAGUGGGCAGUCAACGUCCGCCAGUCAGCUAAUUCAGCCAUUUCAAAAGCAUCUUAAUCUCGGUGGUGAUGUGGAGGAAGAGACCGAGAACUUGAACGGCCCCGAUCCUCCUGCAAAUCUGGAUGUUUCUAUGGGACCAGACUUUGGUGGUCAUGAGAAAGCAGAAGAUUUUUCACUGGAAAAUAACAGCGGAGAACAUGAUCGGAUGGGCGAAGACGGAUAUCCUCUUGUGGUUGAUCUUGGAACGAGUGAGCGUCAGUCUCGGCUAGCUCGUCAACGUCUCAUUGAUGAAGUAAUCCAGGAUCAAGCGUUUGAUCAGGAUGUGAUAGAGGAGCUGGAACGUGCAAAUAUGAGACGUGUUUUCGAGGAGAUCGAAGAGGGAGAGGACGCUGAGCAUGCAGCUAUGAGGCGACGAGCCACUGCAAAUGGAAUUGUGUAA